AAGAAAAGCUACACUAGAAGAACGGACGCACCUAUCUCCAUCACCUAGGUUGUCUCGUUAGUGCACAGUAGCCUACUAGUUAUGCAGUCUUUAUAAUAGGGUAAUAGGGUGGCACACUUAAGGUGGUGGGCAGCGUGGGCUAAGGUCAGUUUAUCUUUUUCCUAUCCAAGGAGUCCUCUCCUAUCUCAAGCCAGGGUCCAGCCACCAAAUAAGACCAAGAAUCUUCAAGUUUUGCAUACAGCUAUCCCUAGACCACGAGUCAUCAGACCAUUCACCGCUCGACCCACGAGAUUUGCCUGCACGUACAGGGUCCCAGACUCCCAGGAAUACUACGAACCAAUAACUUGGUGAUAAGGGUCCCCAUACUAAGCGAAAGUGAGCUAUCUUGGACCGAUUUCCGUACCGGCUUGGCAAGUUUGCUUGGUACGAAACUGUCCGAAGUUUUGCUCGAUUAAUAGGCUUGACUCGCCCGCAUGAUCGCAUGCAAAGCAGAGCAGGUCUUAGAAAAAUUAAACGCCUUGUAAAAUACAUAUUCAUUUUUUUUUUUGCAUAUACCAAACCAUAUUUAGGUAUAGAAAAGGAACCAACCGGCUAUCGAAUCGAAGAUGACUACUAAUCAGCUCCCCGUCUCCGACUCCGAUAAGUACGAUUAUGUGAUCGUCGGCGGUGGCACAGCCGGCUGUGUCGUUGCCGCAAGGCUCGCCGAGUAUCUUCCGCACAAGAAUGUACUCCUGAUUGAGGCUGGUCCCAGUGAUUUCAUGGAUGACCGUGUCUUGGAUCUCAAGAAAUGGCUGAACCUUCUCGGUGGUGAGCUCGAUUAUGAUUAUGGCACCACUGAGCAACCUAAUGGCAACUCAUUUAUUAGACAUUCAAGGGCAAAGGUCCUAGGAGGUUGCUCCUCUCACAACACCCUCAUCUCCUUUAGACCAUUUCAAUAUGACAUGGAUAUUUGGCAAUCGUUAGGGGCGCGAGGUUGGACAUUUCCUACUGUCAUGAAAGCGUUGGAUAGACUGAGGAACACUGUUCAGCCGGUUCACGCCAAGCACCGCAACCAGCUAUGCAAGGACUGGGUCAAUUCGUGUAGCACAGCUCUGGACAUUCCGGUUGUAAAUGACUUUAACAAGCAAAUUUCGCAAACUGGAUCCUUGAAGCCUAGUGUUGGGUUUUUCUCAGUGAGCUACAACCCCGACGAUGGAAGACGAUCCAGUGCAUCUGUUGCCUACAUUCACCCUAUUCUCCGGGGCGAAGAGAAGCGAUCGAACCUCACGAUCCUGACCAAUGCGUGGGUAUCCAGCAUCAACGUCAAUGGAGAUGAUGUCAGUGGCGUGACCCUGACCUUGAAGGAUGGCUCAACUCGCACGGUCAAGGCGAAGUCGGAGACGAUACUAAGCGCAGGAGCUGUAGAUACCCCUCGUCUUAUGAUGCUUUCAGGCAUCGGACCCAAGAAGCAACUGUCAGAUCUCGGCAUACCCGUUGUUCGCGAUAUUGCAGGUGUUGGUGAGAAUCUGCAGGACCACCCCGAAAGCAUCAUCAUGUGGGAAUUGAAUAAGCCCGUACCGGCGAACCAGACAACUAUGGAUUCCGACGCAGGCAUCUUCUUGCGCCGUGAGCCAGCUGGGGCUGGAGCCAAGAAAACGGCUGCGAACCCAGAGGGUCUUUCUGAUGGAGACAUCGCUGAUGUCAUGAUGCACUGUUAUCAGAUCCCUUUCACACUCAACACUUUGCGGUUAGGAUACCCCGAUAUUAAAGAUGGAUACGCGUUCUGCAUGACGCCCAACAUCCCGCGGCCGCGAUCCCGGGGCCGACUUUACCUUACAUCUGCGGAUCCAAAGGUCAAGCCCGCCCUAGACUUCCGAUACUUUACAGACCCGGAAGGGUACGAUGCGGCUACUCUAGUAUUCGGCAUGCGAGCGGCACGCAAGGUAGCAGAGCAGGCGCCAUUCAAGGACUGGAUCAAGCGAGAGGUUGCCCCUGGGCCGCAGGUACAAACCGACGAGGAAUUGAGUCUCUAUGCGCGCAAGGCAGCACACACUGUGUACCAUCCUUGCGGAACGACCAAGAUGGGCGACACGAGCAAGGAUGAGCUAGCGGUCGUUGACGAGAAGCUCAAAGUAAAGGGGCUAAAGAAGUUGCGCAUCGUAGAUGCUGGAGUGUUCCCUACCAUUCCCACCAUCAACCCUAUGCUGACAGUAUUGGCCGUUGCUGAGAGGGCUGCCGAGCUCAUUGCCGAAGAGGCCAAUGCUCAGAAGGAGAGGGCCAGACUAUGAUCGGUGAACUCUUGUCUUACCGGUUGGAUGUUCAUUAAUGCCAUAGAAGGAUGAAGUUGGUGAGAUUAAGCCGCGGAGUUGGAUAUAAGAAAAACAAGCUGCCGCACACGUUGGAAAUGCCCCCAAUUAGAAUGAACCGCAUGGAUACCUGAAAACCCAACCAUGUAUUUUGUAAGAUUCCUGUAGCUACAUCAAGAACGAUAGUUAUAGCGUUAUGUAGAUCAUUUUUUGAAAAAAAAAAAGCACAAGCUGGAUAGUCAAUAUUAUAUAUAUCUAGUAUAUAUCUAGAAAUUUUACUAGAAUAAUGUUAUGAAAUCCCUGGGCUAGAGCGGACGUACGAAGUAUUGCUUGAAGACUGGUAUGUAGA